ACUGAGACGCGCAGAGUCACUCUCUCCUGGAACUUAUUUGGCCUUAAUCGGAUAAAGUUUUAUUCUGACAACAGCUCUUGUGCUAUUGGAUGCUGUUUCCCUGUCAUUCAAGCAUCAGUAAACACAGGAUUUGGCUGGGACGGGACCAUGCUUUCCAUGAGUUACACGGACCCCUGGCCGGAGGGCUCGGUGGGGCUGGAGGAAGAGGUGGUCACGGCUGCCGCUCAGGCCGAGCAGCUGGACCAGAGUUCGGUGGAGUGCAACAGCAGCAACUGCAGCUCUGAUAAUUUAGACGACAGCCUGACCAGCCUUCAGUGGCUGCAGGAGUUUUCCAUUCUCAACACCAGCGGGGGGCAACACUCAUCCCAAUCCAGCCAUCACCACAGCCACCUCUUUGGGAGCCAAGUAGGCUCGGAUGCACCCUCAUCUCCUUUAGCAGGAGAUCCAGCCUCCAUAGGUAUGCCACUGACCCCGGGCAAACCCACAGCGGCGUCUUUCUACCGGACGCCUUCCUUGUCGGCUCUUCCCAGCUUGGUUGCUCACGGACACUGUCCGGAUGAAGUCGAUUAUAAGACCAAUCCUCACAUCAAGCCACCGUACUCAUAUGCGACUCUCAUCUGCAUGGCCAUGCAGGCCAGUAAGAAAACCAAAAUCACCCUCUCAUGCAUCUACAAGUGGAUCACAGACAACUUCUGCUACUUCCGCCACGCAGACCCCACUUGGCAGAACUCCAUCCGCCACAAUCUGUCGCUGAAUAAAUGCUUCAUAAAAGUCCCGAGACAAAAGGAUGAGCCAGGCAAAGGUGGCUUCUGGAAGAUCGACCCCCAGUAUGCAGAGCGUCUUCUCAACGGUGCCUACAAGAAGCGCAGGAUGCCUCCUGUGCAAAUCAACCCAGCUCUUCAGAACCGCCUUAGGAUGAGCUCUCAUGCUGGGCAAGCUGUAGCCACCGUAGGGAUGGCCAGAAACCUUUGCAUAAGUCCUGAAUCACAGCAGCUCCUGAAAGAGUUUGAGGAAGCCACGGAAGCUGACCAGAAUUGGGACCCUCGUUUGGCUGAAGCCACCAUGUUGAAUUGUUGGGUCUCAGGGAAGGGAAGUAAGAGAAAACAGCCGUACAGUCACAGAACUGGUGGGAGCAAAGCUCCAAGGCGUUCAAGCUCCCCACUGCUGGCCAUGGAUGAGCAAGAGGACUUAAGCUCCCUGAAGGGCAACUUUGACUGGGACGCCCUGCUAGACUCAGCCCUGAAUGGAGAGUUAAGUUUGAACGAAGGGGGUCCGAUGAGCCCGAUACCACAAGACGAGGACUUGAUGAUUAGAGGCACACAUAUCAGCCCCCUCGAACCUCUCGGAGGCGUUGUUGAAAACCAUGUGUUGAUGGAAACCCAGAGGAGCAGCGAAGCAGACUUUGAUGAGGAGACCUUCCUGGCCACUGCAUUUCUACAGAGUCCAUGGUCUGAGGUAGAAGAGGGCAACCGUCCUGACUUCCUCUGUAGCUCAACAGUCAACAUCGAUCAGCUCUUUGACCUGGGAGACUCUCUCGGAGGAGACUUAAGCAGUAAGAUCGAGUCUCUUCUUUAAAGAGGUCAUUAGUGACACUUGAGAUUUGGGCCUUUGGACACAAACAAGUCAAAGAGCAAAGAGGGUUUGGACUGUUUACCCCCAAAGAUUUCAUGCUGGAUUCCAUGAAGACCAUGUGAAGAUGUAUUUUUAAAAGCGUAUCUAUUUCUAAUACUGAUUUUUAUGAUUAUGUUUUUGUAUUUGACAUGUUAUCUACCUGCAUUAAAGCUAAUCUAAUCAAGAUCCUUAGCGAGUCCUUAAAAUCAUCUGAAUCAUCAAAUGCUUGGAACAUGGGAUUCGGUGAUUGAACAUGCAUGGACAGCACUGGAGGUAGACAGGAAAACAGAGAGAUGCAAGUUUGUUGUUUACAAUUCAAAUUUAUGUAGCAGAACAUAUACAGCGCCUUGCGAAAGUAUUCAUACCCCUCCAUUUUUUUCACGUUUGGUUAUGUUGCUGCCUUCUGUUAAACUGCUUAAAUUACUUUUUUUGUUCACAUUCAUCUACACUUCAUACACCAUAAUGGCAAAGCAAAAACAGGUUUUUACCACCUUUGCAAAUGUAUUAAAAAUAAAAAACAGAAAUGAUUCUAUUGCAUAAGUAUUCACACCCUUAUCUGGGACAGUUGAAAUUUAGUUCAGGAGCAUUCAUAUCGCUUGUAGAUGUUACUACACUUGUGAAGUUAGCCUGUGGCACAACAUGACAGCACAGCACAGACGUCCUAAUAAAAGGCCUAACAGCUGAAAAUACAUAUCAAAGCAAAAACCAAGCUCUGAGGUCAAAAUAACUGCCUGUAGAACUCAGAAACAGGCUUACGUCAAGGAACAGAUCUGGGGAAGUGCUCAGAAAAAAAUUCUGCUGCACUGAAGGUUCACAGAAGCAUGUAGCCUCCAUUAUCCAUAAUGCAAGAAACUUGGAACAACUAGGACUCUUCCUAAAGCUGGCCUCCUGACCAAACUGAGCGAUUAAUGCAGAAGGGCCUUGGUUAGACUGGUGACCAAGAAGCUGAUGUUCACUCUAGCUGAGCUCCACGAUCAUAUAUGGAGAUAAUAGAAACUUACAGAAGGACAAACAUCACGGUUUGGCCAGACUUAGUAGUCUUCUCAGUAAAGCCACAUAAAAACACUGUGAAUUUUCAAAAAAGGCACCUAAAGGACCCUCAGACUGUGAGAGACAAUAUUCUCUGGUCUGAUGAACCUCAAACCUCAAUCACAUACUUCUGGAGAAAAAUGAAAAUGUCCAUCUGUCCCCAUCCAACAUGACAGAGCUUGAGAGGUGAAGAGGUGAGAUGAAGAAUGGCAGAUAAUUGCCAAAUGCAGAUGUGCAAAUCUUGCCGCAUCAUACCUAAAAAGACUUGGGGCUGUAAAGGUGCUCCAACUAAGUACUAAGUUAUGAAUACUUAUGCAAAGGAUUUAUUUUACUUUUUUUUUCGUAAAUUUACAAAGUUGUGACAGUUCUGUUUUUACUUUGUUAUAAUGGUGUAUGGGUGUAGAUUAAUGUGGGAAAAAACAGUUUAACAUAAAACGUGAAAAAAUCAGGGGGUAUGAAUACUUUCGCAAGGCACUGUAAGUGAAAGACAUUCAUUUAAGAACAGUUCAAACACCUUGUGGAUGAAGUCAAAUAUGUUAUACAUAUUGUAUCAUACUCAAACAAAUUCUGGAAGCAGAACUUUAAAUCAACUGUGCAAAUGAAAUUGUGCAUCAUGCCGCUUUCCUUGCGACUGCAAACAACUCUUAAAUAUAAACGUUCUUUAUUGGCAUUUAUGCUUCCAUAAAGAACCUUCAACGUCCACGGAAUCUUUCCAUUGUUCAAAAUGUUCUUAAAGGUUCUGAAAGGUUCUUUGGGAAACCAAAAGUGGUUCUUCUGACAUUGCGAAGAUUCCUUUUGGAACUUUUA